GCAGCUGAGAGUCCAGAAGAGCAGUGAAGGCUGGGCUUGACAGUCUCAACUCUUGUGUGUGUGUGAACUUCAAGGAGAAAGUAAGCAGAGGCCUUGUGGGGACUAGAGAGUGGUGGUGUGAAUUGUGGAUAUGGGAAUAGAAGAUUCUGCCUGUUAAGAACUGGAAUCUGUACUGAAGUUGUGAAGACAAAAUAUCUAAAGCAUAGAAAUCAUGGGAGCUGAAGAAGAAAUGCUCAUCACUCUGUCUGGAGGUGCCCCCUGGGGCUUCCGCCUGCAAGGGGGUUCAGAACAGAAAAGACCCCUUCAAGUGUCAAAGAUUCGAAAGAGAAGCAAAGCGUGCCGUGGAGGCCUGUGGGAAAAUGAUGUUCUAGUAUCUAUCAAUGGGAAGUCAUGUGCUGGCCUGUCCCAUGCUAAUGCCAUGCAGAUCAUCGAUUCCUCCAAUGGCAUGCUCAACAUCCGUGUGAAAAGGAUAGUUGGUGGGGACCAGACUGGCCCGUGGCUCCAGCGCUCCCCUUCUCCAGGGCAGCGAGUGCUCUCUCCACCAUCCGCGCCCAGCCCCUCAGCACAGUUACUCAGCUCUGAAGCAGCCGGAGCCCCAGCCACCACUCAGCCCUCGCAGCCAUGGAGGUCACAGAGGCACCUGGAGAGCCUCACGUCCCCACCGGACAGCGAGGCCUACUAUGGUGAGACCGACAGCGACGCUGACAACGUGGCGCAGGAGAAGCAGCGCCGCGCUCGCAGGAAGAGCCCGCGCUCCCCGCCGGACAGCACCAGCGGCAGGGCGGACGCGCCUCAGGACGAGGUGUCCCUGUCCGAGCAGAGCGGCUACGAGAGCAUGCCCGAGGCUGCGGCACAGGGGGGAGCCGAGCCCGCCGGCUCCGGCGGGGUGGCCAAGAGGGAGAUUGUGUGCCUGCCUGGCAGCCGCACGGACACUCCGUUCUCGGACAGCGAGGGACAGCUGCGGCCGCCGUCAGCAGAGGGGCGGGAGCCUUCUCCAGAGGCGAUGCUCCUGCCCCACGCCACCAAGGCGAUCCGAGCGGAGCGCCACCUCAUCCCCAUGGUGGGGCCGGUGGAACACCCGAUUGAUGAAGACCUGACCACCACUUAUACUGAGAAAGCCAAGCAGGCCAAGCUCCACCGCCACGAAAGCAUCCAGGAGAAGAAUGUGAAAGAAGCCAAAACCAAGUGCAGAACCAUUGCAUCCCUGCUGACAGAUGCACCCAACCCCCACUCCAAGGGGGUGCUGAUGUUCAAGAAACGCAGGCAGAGGGCUAAGAAGUAUACAUUGGUGAGCUUUGGCAGUGUGGAUGAAGACCGCUCCUACGAGGAGGAAGACGGAGUUUUUCCAACCAGUGAAUCUGAAUUUGAUGAGGAAGGUUUCUCUGAUGCCCGAAGCCUAACUAAUCACUCAGACUGGGACAACACUUACCUAGACAUUGAAAAGUCCAAAUCUGACUCUGAACAGAAGGAAGAGAAGCAAAAAGGUUUGAGUGAAGCUUCAGGUAAAGGAGCACGAUUAUUUGAGCAGCAGAGGGAACGGGCUGGGAAGUACACAGUUGAGAAAACUUCAGUGCAGAAGAGCCCAGAGCUUGCCCCAGCUGCCCAGCCAAAGCAGGGCACAGUGAACGGAGAUAUGCCUGUGCCACAGAAGGCAGACAAUGUGCCCCUCAGCAUCCACCUGGAGGCUGUGCAAGUGCCCAGCAAGCAGCCAGCCACUGUCCCCACUCAGCUCCUGACUGCCCCCAGCCCCACUUUCUUCCCUCCUCCCCCAAGCACCCCCGACCCCUUCUCUGCAAGUUCAACAAGCAUGUUCAACAGGUCUGCACGGCCCUUUACUCCUGGCUUUUCUGGCCAGCGUCCAGCAACGUCCUCUGUCAUCUUUAGGCCGCCUGCACCCAAAAAACCCACUGAAAGUCUGGGUGGGCAAAGCACAGUGGUUCCCCCUUUCUCACCUCUGGUUCCAGGAACACCUGCCAAUGCCCCAGAGCCAACACGGCGUGGUCCAGUCAGCUCCUCCACAUCUCUGUAUAUUCCUGCACCAGGAAGACCAACAUCACCACUGGAGUCACAGCCAAAAGGGGGAGGAAGCGCUUCAGAGGUCAAGCCUUCUGCCAACACUGCCCGGACAUCCACCACCUCUAUCUUUCUGUCAACUCCCUCAAAGCCAGGAGGGGAUGUGGGCUCCACAGCAUCCCAGCCACGAGUCCCUGGAACAGCCUCUUCUUCAUUGUAUAUUAGUCCAGCACCAUCACAGCACAUGAGAAGCAGCUCCCCUGUGCCAAAACAGCCUUCUCCUGCCAUAACUCCAGCAACGCCACGACCUCCUUCAGAGCCCUUAACCUCCAGGGAGCAGAGGAUUGCUGUGCCAGCUCCCCGCACAGGCAUCCUGCAGGAGGCUCGCCGACGGGGCAACAAGAAACCCAUGUUCAGUAAGAUUGAGGAGAAGAAGAAGAAUUCACCCAACCCUGAGCUCCUGUCUCUGGUGCAGAACCUGGAUGAGAAGCCAAAGGGUGACCACCCUGCAGCGGGCUUUGAGUCUGGGCCUGAGGAGGACUUCCUCAGCCUGGGUGCUGAGGCCUGCAACUUCAUGCAGUCCUCAGGCCGCAAGUUCAAGACCCCACCUCCGGUGGCCCCCAAGCCUCAGCAAGAUGCUGGAUUGGUCAAUGGGGCCCAGGACAUGCCUCAGCUUAAAGGCAAGGGGGCAGAGCUCUUUGCCAAACGCCAGAGCCGCAUGGACAAAUAUGUGGUGGAAACAACACCGAAGCCAGAAUCUAAGCCCAGGACCCCCUCUCCAUCCCCUUCUCUACCCUCAUGCUGGAAAUAUUCACCCAACAUCCGGGCUCCCCCUCCAAUAGCUUACAACCCAAUGCAUUCCCCUUUCUAUCCUCUGGCAGCCAGCAAAUCUCAGGCUAGCAAAGCAGAGAGCAAAGUGAAAAAGGCACCUGGCCAGAAAUCAGGGAUCAAGGUCAUUGAUUUAAUGCGUCACCAGCCCUAUCAAUUGAAGUCAGCCAUGUUCUGUUUUGGGGAUCCCCCAAGCCCCAGCACUCAGACUACUUCUGGUCAGCCAACCCCACAGGCUAGCUCAUCCUUCGUGGCAGCCAAGCAGGUCCCUGUGAAAAUAGCCAAGACCCAGGAGAUUCGUCGCUUCUCCACUCCGGCUCCCAUGCCAGCCUCCAGCAGCCUGGCACCCACUGUGCUUAUGCCCCGCUCAGCCACCACGCUGGAUGAGCCAUUGUGGAGAACAGAAAUGGCCUCUUCUGCUCCUGCUACACCAGCACCCUUCCAGGUGGAGCUCAGCCCCUCCCCUAAGCCAUAUCAGAGCUCCCCAGAGCCUGGACAGGUGGGACAGGGACCUCCUCCAAACUCAGCCUCUGCCUCUCGGUUUCAGGUGGCCAGGCCCAAAUUCUCUGCAGCAAGAACAGGCAUGCAGGCCAAUGUGUGGAGGCCAAGUUUUGGCCAUCACUGAGGCAGGCACCCCUCCCAUCCUGUCUGUGGCCCCACAGAGAUAGUGCUUGUUUUGUCUUUCAUGUCAGCUCAGUACAUUGGGAUGAGUGACACAAAAUGAA